AUGAGCAGCACGGACCUGGAGCGCGCGUCCCUGUGCUCGUCCACCGCAACCGUGUCCUCGGCGCGCACGCUCUCCGCCAACGUGCGCAAGCUGCACAACGCGCUGAACCUGCUGCUGUGCGACCAGGAGCGCGAGCAGUUCAUCCACUGCCUGAAUGUCUACCACAGCAAGAGGAACGUGUUCGACCUGGUGCAGACGCUCAACGUGAUCCUCAACGCGCCCAGCAAGAGACAGCUGCUGCCCAUGCUGCGCCUGGUCAUCCCGCGCUCCGACCAGCUCCUGUUUGAGCAGUACACCUCCGAGGGGCUCUACCUGAAGGCAGAGCCGGGGCAGGCGUCUAAUGGGACCGCCGAGUCGCCUGAGCUGCCACCACCCGGUGCCAGCCCGCCUCCUGCUGCAGCUGCUGCGUCUGCCCCUGGGCACUUCUCUCCAGAGUUCCCGGUGGCCCUGCGCGGCUCUCCGGACAGCUUCAGCAGCAGCAGCGAGGGCAUGGCUCCUCUGAUCCCUCUUCUCGGGAGGAACUUCAUCCACGAGCCCCCGGGAGAGCCUCGCCACAUCAGCUUGAAGCGGCACAAGAGCCAGGAGGGACUCGGCUUCAGCAUCAGGGGCGGCUCGGAGCACGGCGUGGGCAUCUACGUGUCGCUGGUGGAGCCCGGCAGCCUGGCCCAGAAGCAGGGGCUGCGUGUGGGAGACCAGAUCCUCAAAGUCAACGACAAAACCUUCGACAACUUCACCCACGCGGAUGCCGUUAAGCAGAAGUUUCACCCCCUCGUCACCGUAAUCACAUUUCCCCUGUCCUGUAUUGCCUUAAACAACCGGCCCACACUGGCUGCUCCCUCCCUCCACGGCAAGUCCUCCUCGGGCUGCACCAGUCUGAAUGUGAGCAUCCCAAAGACCAUGUGA